CAGCCUCUUGUGAUAGCAGCAGAAGAAAUCCCUCUGGUCUCAAAUCAAUGUUCACAAUUCCAGAAGAAGAGGGACAAACACGGGCAUUCUUUGCGGGCAGAAAAGUCUGCUUUCGUUCUUGCUGUUCUUUUUUUGGUGCGAAAUCUUUCCACUAAAAUUCGCUAACCCCUCGGUCCGCGUGAGAUGGUUCAGUCCAGCUGCAGAAGCGGAGUCUCGAUGCAUUGGGAUUUUUCUCAGCGCCGACACAAAGUGAAUCUUCCUUUUAAAACCAUCUGAUAACGUGCCUGCCAAAAAAUCCUGCCAUGAGCGCCGCUUUGAAUUCUGACGGAACGGGACUAGUAAGGACAGAAUGCAGAUGCACAUAUAGCGGGGCAAAGAAACUGGACGGAUUAGGGAUUUUUGCGCUAAUGAAGGUGGGAGUACAAGCGCACUACUGGAGCCGCGUUCUCUUCUUGUAUAUGGGGUUGCUGGCUGCAUCGGUUAAGGCUCAGAACUGCAGCUACACAUUACACAGCCCGAAUGGGACGAUCGAGAGCCCAGGGUACCCGUACGGAUAUCCCAACUACGCCAACUGCACGUGGGUGAUCAGCACUCAGGACCACAACCGGAUCCAGCUGGUGUUCCAGGGCUUUGCUCUGGAGGAGGACUUCGACAUCCUCUCUGUGUACGAUGGACAGCUCAGCCCCAGCAACCUACGAACGAGGUUGACAGGGUUCCAGCUACCCGCCCCUAUCAUCAGCACGGGUCCCCGGCUCACGCUGUGGCUCCUCUCGGACUAUGCCGUCAGCGGGCAGGGCUUCAAGGCCUCGUAUGAAGCCCUGCCCAGCUACACCUGCGGGAACCCGGGUCAGCUCCAGAACGGCCUGCAGCAGGGCUCCACCUUCAACAUCGGGGACAAGAUCCGCUACAGCUGCAACUCCGGGUACGUGCUGGAGGGGCACACCAUCCUGUCCUGCCUGGCCACCUCCUCGGGGACCGCCGCCUGGGACUUCCCCCUGCCCUACUGUCGAGCGGACGAUGGGUGUGGAGGCACUCUAAGGGGACAGAGCGGUGUCAUCACCAGCCCAAACUACCCCCAGGACUACAACAACAACGCAGACUGCACCUGGACAGUCCUGGCUGAGCCCGGGGACACCAUCGCCCUGGUCUUCUCCGACUUCCAGCUGGAGGACGACUACGAUGUCCUGGAGAUCAGCGGCACAGAGGGGUCCUCGCAGUGGUUCACAGGUCCAAACCUCCCUUCCCCCAUUAUCAGCAGUAAAAACUGGCUGAGGCUCCACUUCACCUCGGACGGGAACCACAAACUGAGGGGAUUCAGCGCACAGUAUCAAGUGAAGAAAAUGUCAGAGCUGAAGUCCAGGGGAGUGAAGAUGCUUCCCAGCAAAGACAACCACCAAAAAAUCUCUGUCUUGUCACAGAUGGGUGUGGCCCAGGGGCACAACAUGUGUCCGGACCCAGGGAUUCCAGAACGGGGAAAGAGGAAAGGAUCAGACUUCAGGAGGGGCUCGACGGUGCACUUCUCCUGCGACGAGGGCUAUGAGUUGCAGGGCUCCAAGAGCAUCACCUGUCUGCGUGUGACGGACAGCUACGUGGGCUGGAGUGAUGACAGGCCCAUCUGCAGGGCGCCGAUGUGUGGCGGCCAGCUUCACGGCCCCAGUGGUGUCAUCACCUCACCCAACUUCCCCGUCCAGUACGACAACAACGCCAACUGCACCUGGGUCAUCACUGCGGCUGACCCGUCCAAGGUGAUCAAGCUGACGUUCGAGGACUUCGACCUGGAGCGAGGGUACGACACGCUGACCGUGGGGGAUGGUCCGUCAAUCGGAGAUCAGAAGACUGUCUUUCAUGUGCUCUCUGGCACCACCACACCAGACCUCAUAGUCAGCACCAGCCAUCAGAUGUGGCUGAACUUCAAGACCGACGACACCAGUGGAUCGUUGGGCUUCAAGGUGUCUUACGAAGAAAUCGAGCAGGGCAGCUGUGGAGACCCAGGUAUCCCUGCCUACGGCAAGCGGGAGGGCUCAGGCUUCCGGCAUGGGGACAGGCUGCACUUUGAGUGCCUCCCAGCCUUCGAGCUUGUGGGGAAAAAGAACAUCACCUGCCAGAAGAACAACCAGUGGUCAGCCAAGAAGCCCAGCUGCGUGUUCUCCUGUUUCUUCAACUUCACCACCCCGUCGGGCGUUCUCCUCUCGCCCAACUACCCCCAGGAGUACGGCAACAACAUGCACUGCGUCUGGCUGAUCAUCACCAAGCCCGAGAGCCGCAUCAACCUGGCCUUCAACGACCUGAGCAUGGAGAAGCAGUUCGACUUCCUGUCCGUCAAGGACGGGGGCAAGGCCGAGUCGCCCAUCCUGGGCACCUUCUCGGGCGACGUUCUGCCCUCGCCCAUCACCACCAGCGCCCACGUGGCCCGGCUGGAGUUCCUGACCGACCACACCAACACGGACCGCGGGUUCAACAUCACGUUCACCACGUUCCGGCACAACGAGUGCCCCGACCCGGGCGUCCCGGUCAAUGGGAAGCGCUUCGGCGAGAGCCUGCAGCUGGGCAGCUCCAUGUCCUUCAUGUGCGAGGAGGGCUUUGUGAAGACUCACGGCUCCCUGACCAUCUCCUGCAUCCUGAAGGACGGGAACGUGGUGUGGGACAACGCCGUGCCGCGCUGCGAAGCGCCCUGUGGCGGGGACCUUAAGGCCCCCAGUGGGAUCAUCCUGUCCCCGGGGUGGCCCGAGCUCUAUAAGGAGGCUUUGAACUGUGAGUGGAUCAUCGAGGCUCCUCCUGGGUACCCCAUCAAGAUAAUCUUCGACAAGUUCAGGACGGAAGUGAACUAUGAUGUCCUGGAGGUCCGCGACGGGCGGUUCCCCUCGUCCCCGCUGAUCGGCAGCUACCAGGGCACCCAGGUGCCGCAGUUCCUCAUCAGCACGUCCAACUUCCUCUACCUGCUCUUCUCAACCGACAAGAGCCACUCUGACAUCGGCUUUCGCAUCCGCUACGAGACGGUGCAGUUACAGUCGGAUCACUGUGUCGACCCGGGAAUCCCUGUGAACGGCCAGCGUCACGGCAACGACUUCUACGUGGGGGCCCUGGUGACGUUCAGCUGCGACUCGGGGUACACCCUGAGCGACAGCGAGCCCCUCGAGUGCGAGCCCAACUUCCAGUGGAGCCGUCCCUUGCCCAGCUGUGAUGCGCUGUGUGGAGGGUAUAUCCAGGGAAACACAGGGACCAUCCUUUCCCCAGGGUUUCCUGACUUCUACCCCCACAAUCUCAACUGUACCUGGAUCAUUGAGACCUCGCAUGGUAAAGGUGUUCAGUUCACCUUCCACACCUUCCACCUGGAGAGUCCUCAUGACCACUUGCUGGUGACAGAAAACGGUAGCUUCACCCAGCCGUUGUGGAGGCUGACUGGCUCCACCCUACCCCCUCCACUCAGCGCCGGCCUGUUUGGUAACUUCACGGCUCAGAUCCGCUUCCUGUCUGACUUCUCUGUGUCCUACGAGGGCUUCAACAUCACCUUCUCAGAGUAUGACCUGGAGCCAUGUGAGGAUCCUGGGGUUCCCCCGUUCAGCACCCGCAAAGGCCUGCAGUAUGGGGUGGGGGACACCCUCAUCUUCUCCUGCUUCCCAGGGUACCGGCUGGAGGGGCCGCCCAGGGUCACCUGUCUGGGGGGGCGGCGGCGGGUGUGGAGCUCCCCUCUGCCAAGGUGUGUGGCUGAGUGCGGGUCCUCGGUCACCGGCAUGCAGGGUGUCCUGCUCUCGCCCAACUAUCCCGCCUACUACGGAAACAACCACGAGUGCAUCUACUCCAUCCAGACCCAGCCGGGCAAAGGCAUCCAGCUGCGGGCCCGGGACUUCCGGCUGGAGGAGGACGACGUGCUGAAGGUGUAUGAUGGGAACAGUAACAGCGCCCGCCUGUUGGGCACCUUCUCGGGCACCGAGCUGCAGGAUACCACCCUGAACAGCACCUCCAGCUCCUUGUGGCUGGAGUUCAUCAGCAACGCCGAGAACACCAGCAAGGGCUUCGAGCUGCACUUCACCAGUUUUGAGUUGGUGAAGUGCGAGGACCCUGGGGUGCCCCAGUUUGGCUACAAGAAGGAGGAUAAGGGCCACUUUGCAGGGAGCACUGUGUCCUACAGCUGCAACCCGGGGUACACGCUGAAGGGGACGGAGGUGCUGACGUGUCUUCGAGGAGAGAGGCGGGCCUGGGACAGCCCCCUCCCACUCUGUGUUGCUGAGUGUGGAGGAACGAUCAAGGACGAACCCACGGGACGCAUACUGUCGCCCGGUUACCCGGCGCCCUACGACCACAACCUGCACUGCGUCUGGACCAUCGAGGCAGCCCCUGGAAGCACCAUCGGGCUGCACUUCCUGGUCUUCCACACGGAGGAGGUGCACGACGUCCUGCGGAUUUGGGACGGCCCGCAGGAGGGCGGGGUUCUGCUGAGGGAGCUGAGCGGCUCUGUCCUGCCCCCUGACACCCACAGCACCUUCAACUCCAUCAGCAUGCAGUUCACCACCGACUUCUUCACCAGCAAGCAGGGCUUCGCUCUGCAGUUUUCCGUCUCCACCGCUACUUCCUGCAAUGACCCGGGCACGCCCACCAACGGGACUCGCAGCGGAGACAGCCGAGAGCCAGGUGACCAUGUGGUGUUCCAGUGCGAUCCCGGAUACAUCCUACAGGGGGCGACCAAGAUCACCUGCACAGAAAUCAACAGCCGCUUCUUUUGGCAACCCGACCCACCUACGUGCACAGCUCCGUGUGGAGGUAACCUUACAGGCCCCAGCGGGUUGAUCCUCUCCCCGGAGUACCCCGAGCCUUACCCCCACGGCCGUGAGUGCGACUGGACCGUAACCGUGACGCCGGACUAUGUCAUCGCUCUCAGCUUCAUCCAGUUCAGCCUUGAGCCCAGCUACGACUUCCUGCACAUCUAUGAUGGGCCAGACUCUCUCAGUCCGCUGCUGGGCAGCUUCUACGGCACCGACGUCCCAGAUCGGAUAGAGAGCAGCUCCAACACACUCUUCCUGGCCUUCCGCAGCGACGCCUCCCUCAGCAGCAACGGCUUCGUCCUGCAGUACACAGAAAACCCGAGAGAAUCAUGCUUUGAGCCGGGCCCAGUCCGAAAUGGAACCCGCGUUGGUACCGACCUCAAGUUGGGGUCCACCGUCACCUUCUACUGUGACAGCGGUUACAUCAUUGAGGGAGACGCCACCCUCACUUGCAUCAUGGGGGGAGACGGCAAGCCCAGCUGGAACAAACCACGGCCGACCUGCGUAGCUCCUUGUGGUGGACAGUACUCUGGGCUGGAAGGUGUGGUGUUAUCUCCCGGUUACCCCGGUAACUACAGCAGAGGGAGGACCUGCCUGUAUUCUGUGGUCGUGCCAAAAGACUACGUGGUGUUUGGCCAGUUUGCCUUCUUCCAGACGGCCCUCAACGACGUGGUGGAGGUGUAUGACGGAGCCACCCAGCACGCCCGAGUCCUCAGCUCCCUCUCCGGGGCUCACACGGGCGAAUCCCUGCCUCUCGCCACCUCCAACCAGAUACUCAUCCGAUUCCACUCCAAGGGCCAGGUGACGUCCAGAGGGUUCCACCUGGUGUACCAAGCCGUUCCGCGCACCAGCGCUACACAGUGCAGCUCUGUCCCGGAGCCCCGCUACGGCAAGCGCAUGGGGAACAACUUCGCGGUGGGCGCGGUGAUCCGGUUCGAGUGCGACUCGGGCUACAUGCUGGAGGGAGCCAGCACCAUCGAGUGCCUGACGGUCCCCAAUGCGCUGGCUCAGUGGAACAGCACUGUCCCCAGCUGCGUGGUUCCCUGCGGGGGAAAUCUGACCCAGCGGACCGGAACCAUCCUGUCUCCGGGCUUUCCUGACCCCUACCUGAACAGCCUGAACUGUGUGUGGAAGAUCACAGUGCCAGAAGGGUCUGGCAUUCAGAUCCAGGUGAUCAGCUUCAUGACGGAGCAGAACUGGGACUCUCUGGAGGUGUUUGAUGGAGGUGACAACACAGACACCAUGCUGGGCAGCUUCUCAGGUACCACCGUUCCGGCUCUCCUAAACAGCACCUCCAAUCAGCUCUACCUUCACUUCUACUCAGACAUCAGCGUGUCUGCAGCCGGCUUCCGCCUGGAAUACAAGACGGUGUCCCUCACAAGUUGCCCCGAGCCAGUCGUUCCCAUGAACGGGAUGAAGGUGGGCGACCGCCUCCAGAUGAACAACGUCGUGUCGUUCCAGUGCGAGCCAGGCUAUACCCUUCAGGGAAACUCGCACAUCUCCUGCAUGCCUGGUACCGUCAGACGCUGGAAUUUUCCCCCACCCCUCUGCAUUGCCCAAUGCGGUGGCAUCCGAGAAGAGAUGGAAGGCAUGAUCCUCAGUCCUGGUUUCCCGGGAAACUACCCCAGCAACAGCGACUGCACCUGGAGCAUCUACCUUCCCGUCGGCUACGGAGCACAUGUACAGUUUCUCAACUUCUCCACCGAAGCCAACCAUGACUUCCUUGAGAUUCGAAAUGGCCCCUUUGAAACUAGCUCCGUGAUUGGCCGCUUCAGUGGGCAGGAUGUACCGCCCUCCCUCCUCACCACUUCCCAUGAGACCACAGUGUACUUCCACAGUGACCACUCCCAGAACAAGCCAGGCUUCCGUUUCGAGUACCAAGCGUACGAGCUUCAGGAGUGCCCUGACCCAGAGCCCUUUCGCUACGGGGUGGUGGUGGGCGCCGGGUACAACGUGGGCCAGUCGAUCUCUUUUGAGUGCCAGCCGGGGUACCAGCUGGUGGGCCACGCCAUCCUCACCUGUCAGCACGGCACCACCCGCAACUGGGACAACCCCUUCCCCCGAUGUGAAGUGCCCUGCGGGGGGAACAUCACGUCAGAGAACGGGACCAUAUUCUCGCCCGGGUACCCCGAGGAGUACCCCAGCUCGGCCGACUGCACCUGGCUGAUCACGGUGGCCCCGGGUCUGGGGGUCCACCUCAACUUCACCCUGCUCCAGGUCCAGGGCCCACACGAUUUCAUCACUGUCUGGGAUGGACCCCAGGAGUCAGCCCGGAAACUGGGCGUGUUCACUGAGGGCGAGUCGGCUGAACCCCCCAGCAGCACAUCCAAUCAGGUCCUCGUUCGCUUCCGGAGUGACUCAGAAAAAGGCGGGCUCUUCAAAAUCACUUACCAAGCCUACCAGCUUCGAUUCUGCCUUCCCCCUCCAAUCAUCCCCAAUGCAGAGAUCCUCAUGGCCAGCAAGGAGUUCAAAAUUGGGGAUAUCGUGCGCUACAGGUGUCUCCCCGGAUACCAGCUCAGCGGAAACGACAUUCUCACCUGUCGGUUCGGCACUCACCUUGAGUUUGAAGGACCUCCGCCAUCGUGUGAAGUGACGUGCCCCAUGAAUGAGGUGCUGACGGACUCGACAGGGGUGAUUCUGAGCCAGACGCCAGGAGGAGGGUUCCCACACUUCGAGACCUGCUCCUGGGUGAUAAAGGUGGAGCCGGGCUACAACAUCACGCUCACCAUAGAGCACUUCCAGACCAGCAGACAGUUUGAUGAGCUGGAGGUCUUUGACGGUCCAUCCCGACAAAGCCCUCUGCUCAGAACUCUGAGUGGAAACUACUCCGCCCCUCUCACCAUAACCAGCUCAUCCAAUAAGGUGUAUCUGCACUGGUCAUCUGACCACGCAACCAGCCACAAGGGCUUCCGGAUUCGCUACUCAGCAUCUUACUGCAGCCCGCCCAGCCCCCCUGCCAACGGCUCGGUCCACAGCCAGACGGGCACCAAGCCGGGCAGCACCCUGCGCUUCAGCUGCGAUCAGGGCUUCCGCCUCAUUGGCCAGAGCAGCGCCACCUGCACCCGCACCCCCCAGGGCCUGUACCAGUGGAACGCCCCCGUGCCCCUCUGCCAAGUGGUGUCCUGCGGCAUUCCACCAGCUCCAGUGAACGGUACCGUCAUGGGUCGGGAUUACACACUGGGUUCCAGGGCCACCUACCAGUGUAAUCCUGGCUUCCAGCUGCCCAACUCCCAGAGCAUGUCCAUCAUGUGCCAGGAGUCCGGGAGGUGGACCCCCACGGAUCCUCCGCCCCGCUGCACACCGGUAACAUGCCCAGAUCUCGGGCACUCAGCGGUGGAACACGGGAGGUGGAGGCUGAUCUUCGGAACCCCCAACCAGUAUGACGCCAUGAUGCUGCUCAUCUGUGACCCGGGAUACUACUAUCGGGGUCAGCGGGUCAUCCGUUGCCAGGCCAACGGCACUUGGGAUUACCCAGACCCCCACCCUGCCUGCAACAUUAUAUCCUGUGGGGAGCUGGGUACCCCUCCCAAUGGGAAUAAGAUAGGAACCCUGACUAUUUAUGGAGCCACUGCCAUCUUUUCCUGCAACACGGGAUACACGCUGGUGGGCUCCCGGGUCAGAGAGUGCAUGUCUAACGGGCUCUGGAGCGGAACACAAGUCCAGUGUCUCGCGGGGCACUGUGGCACCCCCGAUCCCAUUGUGAACGGGCAGAUCAUUGGGGAGAACUAUAACUACCGGGGCAGCGUGGUGUACCAGUGUAACCCGGGCUUUCGGCUGAUCGGCGUGUCUGUGCGCAUCUGUGAACAGGACCACCGCUGGUCAGGGAGAACCCCCGUGUGUGUGCCCAUCACCUGCGGUCACCCGGGCAACCCCACCAACGGCGUGACUCAGGGCACGCAGUUCAACCUCAACGACAUCGUGCGCUUCGUCUGCAACACAGGCUACGUUCUGCAGGGGGCGGUCAAGUCCCACUGCCAGGCUAACGGCCAGUGGAGCAACACCCUGCCCACGUGCAAAAUCGUGAACUGCACCGACCCCGGGCACGUGGAGAACAGCGUCCGGCAGGUCCUGCCCAGCGGGCCCCACCGCUUCAGCUUCCAGACCACCGUGUCCUACAGUUGCAACCCCGGGUACUACCUGCUGGGCACUGGCACGCUGGCCUGCCAAGGGGAUGGAACGUGGGAUCGCUCCCUGCCCAAGUGCCUCUUGGUGCUGUGCGACCGUCCCAGCAUGCCCCCCUACGCCCAGAUUUCGGGGGAUCGGCGCACGGUGGGCUCGGUGAUCCGGUUCAGCUGCAUCGGACAGCGGUCCGUUAUCGGCAACACCACCCGCAUGUGUCAGCUGGACGGCCACUGGAGCGGGUCCCUGCCGCACUGCUCCGGAGAGUCUCUGGGUGUAUGUGGGGACCCUGGAGUGCCAGUUCAUGGGAUCAGGCUCGGGGAGGAGUUUUCGGUGGGCAGCGUGGUGCGUUUCAGCUGUGAGCCGGGAUAUGUGCUGAAGGGGUCUUCAGAGAGGACCUGCCUGGCCAACGGGACGUGGGUGGGGAUUCAGCCGGAAUGCCAUGUGGUGUCCUGCGGGAAUCCCGGAACUCCUCGGAAUGCCCAGGUUCUUUUUCACGACGGCGUGGUGUUCUCUCGCUCCAUCACCUACGCCUGCCGCGAGGGCUACUACUCCACCGGGCUUCUCACCCGGCACUGCACGGUCAACGGCACCUGGACUGGAACCAUGCCCGAGUGCACAGUGAUAAACUGUGGUGACCCAGGGGUGCCCGCCAACGGCAUAAGGCUGGGAAAUGACUUCACCUACAACCAUACCGUGACCUUCCAGUGCUCUCCUGGAUUCACCAUGGAUGCCGACCGGGCCUCCAGCCUGAUCUGCACCAAGGACCGCACCUGGAACGGGACCAAGCCCGUGUGUAAAGCCAUCGUGUGCGGCACCCCGCCCGGCAUCCCGAACGGCCGGGUGGUGGGCACGGACUUCCAGUGGGGCGCCAGCGUGAGCUACGCCUGCAUCGAGGGGUACCAGCUGUCCCUGCCGGCUGUGCUCACCUGCCAGGGGAACGGGAACUGGAGCGGGGAGAGGCCCCAGUGCUUCCCGGUGUUCUGUGGAGACCCGGGCAUACCCGCGGAGGGUCGCAGAGAGGACCGUGGGUUCACAUACCUUUCUUCGGUGGCGUUCUCCUGCUUUCCGCCGCUGGUUCUGGUGGGCUCGGCCCGGCGGUACUGCCAGUCCGACGGAACCUGGAGCGGGACCCAGCCCUCCUGUAUAGACCCCAGUCACACCAGCUGUGUGGAUCCAGGAGUCCCUGUGUUCGGACAGCAGAACAACACUCAGGGUUACCAGAUUGGCAGCACACUCUUCUUCAGCUGUAGGAAAGGCUACCUGCUCCAGGGCUCCAUCUCCCGCACCUGUCUGCCCAACCUCACCUGGAGCGGCAUGCAGCCCGAGUGCAUAGCACACCACUGCAGCCAGCCAGAGCUCCCCCCGCAGGCGGAUGUGAGUGCCAUCGAGCUGCCCUCCCUGGGCUACACCCUCAUCUACUCCUGCCAGCCUGGGUUCUACCUGGCGGGCGGGUCCGAGCACCGCACCUGCCGGGCCGACGGGAGCUGGACCGGGAAGCCGCCGCUGUGCGCAGCUGAUAACAGACCGAAAACCAUUGGGACCGUGCAGGAGCUACCCAACGCUAAGCUCCCAGUGCCAGGCGGGGUCUUCGUGAAGAACUCUCUGUGGCGGGGCUCGUACGAGUACCUGGGGAAGAAGCAGCCGGCCAUGUUGAGCGUCACGUCCUUCGAGCCCUUCACUAACCGCGUCAACGGAACACUCAUCGACCACAGCGGCGUGGAGCUCAAACUGGCUGGGAUCUAUAAGAAGGAGGAGGCCCACCUUCUGCUGCAGGUGCACCAGAUCCGAGGGCCGGUCGAGAUCUUCGUCAACAAGUUCAAAAGUGACAACUGGGCACUGGACGGGCAUGUGUCAUACAUGGCUUCAACCAAUUCCUUUGUGUAUCAAGGAUUCGUCCGAGGGAAAGGAUUUGGGCAAUUUGGUCUUCAGAGGCUAGACACAGAGAGUCUGGACCCGAACAGAGAAAACCCCGGCUACAACUUUGCAUCCAAUAGCAGCUCAGUGGCUGCAGCCAUUCUAGUGCCUUUCAUAGCCAUGAUCAUUGCAGGAUUCGCACUGUACCUCUACAAACACAGGAGAAGACCCAAAGUUCCCUUCAAUGGCUACGCGGGCCACGAGAACACCAACGGUAGGGCCACUUUCGAGAACCCCAUGUAUGAUCGGAACAUCCAGCCCACAGACAUCAUGGCCAACGAGACAGAGUUUACCAUCAGCACAGUGUGUACUGCGGUAUAGCACCUGCCCUCCCCCCAGCCCCAGGUUCCUGUCCGUUUGCUUCACUGACUCAAGAAGCGGAAGCUGUCCAAUCACGUCAAAAAGCCUUCUUACGAAAAUGCCCUCCUCCCCUCCCUCCCCCGCGU